AAGAAAUCAAAAUAUUAUAUAAUAAAAUGAAUAAAAAAAACUAAUAAGAAUCAACAAAUAUAAGGGUUGUCUGUAGAUGUAGACCUUUAAACAAAUUAGAAAUAGAAUAAGGUGGUGAAUGUUGUGUGAAUAUUAUUAAUGAGUAAAAUAUUUAAGUUUCUGUUGUUGGUGAAGAUAAACCUCAUGAAUUUUGUUUUGAUAGAGUAUUUGCUUAAAAUACGCAAUAAAUUUAAGUAUUUAAUGAAGUUGCAGUCCCUAUAUUAGAAAGUGUUAUGAAUGGUUAUAAUGGAACUAUAUUUGCCUAUGGUCAAACUUCUUCAGGAAAAACGCAUACAAUGGAAGGAAAAUAUGAUGAUCCUGAAUUAAAAGGUUUAAUUCCUAGAAUGAUGGAAAGAAUCUUUGAAAUGAUCGCUGAAGCUUCACAAUAAAUUGAAUUUACAAUAAAGGCAACAUUUUUAGAAAUAUAUAAUGAGAAAAUCCACGACCUACUCGACCCAACGAAAUCUAACUUAGCCAUAAAAGAAGAUAAAAUAAAAGGAAUAUAUGUAUAAGAUGCAACUGAAGCUUUUGUUUUAAAAACACAUGAUUUAAUGAAAGUAAUGAAAUAAGGAGCUGAAAAUCGUUCUGUAGCCGCAACUCGUAUGAAUGAGAACUCUUCAAGAUCCCAUUCUAUUUUUUUAAUGACUUUAAUUUAAAAAAAUACAGAAAGUGAUACUACAAAGUCAAGUAAAUUGUAUUUUGUAGAUUUAGCUGGGAGCGAAAAAAUAUCGAAAACUAAUGUUUCGGGUUAAUAAUUGGAAGAGGCAAAAAAUAUUAAUAAGAGCUUAACUAGUUUAGGUAUUGUAAUUAAUGCAUUAACUUCAGAAAAAAAGAUGUACACUAAGGUUUGGGUAUAGGGCGAAGAGUAUUAAAAAUUAAGCGAAAGUUAAUGA